AUGUCUGUGAAACUGACAGCCCAAGAAGAAAGCGACGUAAAAGACGUUAUUUUAAUCUACGGAAACACAGCUGCUCAAACAAUACCUACCAAUAUGCUAGGCCCCAGUCUUCGUGCUCUCAAGCUAAACCCUUUAGAAAGCGAAAUCGUGGAUUUCAUAACAGAGUUUGACAGAGAUGGCUCAGGAACUCUGACAUAUGACCAAUUCGUUAAAAUUUAUUCACGCAAAAAGGUGGAUUCUGAUACUUUAGAUGAACUUUUAGCUGCUUUUAGACUACUUGAUAGAGAAGGUGAAGGAAACAUCCCAGUCCCUGAAUUUCGAUACUAUAUAUGCAGGAUGGGAGAAAGGAUGAAUGAAGCAGAUUGUGACGAAAUGGUAAAAGCCGCUGACCCAGAAAACAGUGGAAAAGUUAAUAUAGAAAAAUUUGCAAAGUUUUUGCUUGGGAUUAAAGACGAAAAUAAAUAA